CUGUACACUGACGUUUCCUUCUGCUCUCAGAGGAUGGAGUCAGUGAAAAGCAGAUCCUGUUCUUAUUUGAUGCAAAAGGAGUAAGCUUAACAGACCAAACCUACGCAGCAUCAACACUGCUCACAGUCAUGCCUUAGCUGCCUAGCAACCUGAAGGACUGGAUGCAGUUUCCCUAAUAUGCCGUACACAACUGAAGAACCAGUCCAUGCACACAGCAGUUGCCUUCUAUUGCUGAUGUCUAUAAACACCGAUCGACCAGAAAUACAGCUGAGGAUUGCAGAGCUGCAUCAUUUAACUAAAGAGCUGACAAACUGUUCUCCAAUGGGGCUACGGUGGUAAGCAACCAUCUUCAAAAGUGAAAGAAAAUCUUCAAUGCUUUUAUUGAGGUAAUUCUCUGUAAUGGACAGGCAGAUGGGCAGACAAAAGUGAAAAUUAAGCGUAGGCUGAAUUACUCCAGAUAUGCGCAUGUUCAGCGGCAGCCUCUUGUUGGUAUGAUGGCUAGCCAAAAACAUGUUUCCUGCCGGCGUAUGCAUCUCUACCCAUAAGGGGCCUGACAAAGGAAGUUUCCUUCUGCAGAAUAUCAAGAACAAAGACUCCAGAAGUUUGGGUAUUCACUACCAUCCACAUUUACUUAAAAAAGUUGUUUCAAUGGAACUUCUAAAUCAACAAAUACUCAUAUGUAAAUAUGGAUUAUUUACUUGCUGAUUGCACUUGGAUGAGUUGAUAAAAGGAAAGAAGUCUGCAACAGGCCAAAUACUAACCUGUCCCACAUACCUUCUGAGGAAAUAGACACAUAUACAUAAUAAAAAUCAAGCACUUAGAGCAGUUUAACAAGGGACACGGCCUUAAAGGAUUGGCUGUGUUGUAAAACAUUGCCAAUGUGAGCACAAAAAAGGCAUUAGGCAUUGCAAAUAGCCCUGCUGCAACAUGCUUCAGUGGAGAAGACGGUACUGCUGCCUAAUGAAGAUGACCUGGAAUGUUAAACGUUCUCUGUUUCGUACUCCUAUUAUUGCACUGAUAUGCCUUUUGUUUUUAUUUGCAAUGUUUCUGUUCAUUAAUCAGCAUGACUGGGUAACUAGUAAAACUUGGUCAAGAGAAACUGGUUAUUCUGUUUCUCAUACAAUGAGAGGAUUCAGGUCACCAAAAAGUACUACCAAUCAGAGCACAAUGAGGAAUGUUUGGAAAGAGGCUGCUCAAGUAUACAAGAUUCAUACAAUAAAUUCAAGCACUGCACUUUCUCCUCCUGAUGUAACUGGAUUAGGGGAUGUAUUAAAUGCUAAUGGAACCAUGUACAGCGAAAAGAGAACAGGAUAUAUACCCCACCACCAAUAUAAGUACAUCAUUAAUGAACCAAACAAAUGUGAAGGACAAAUCCCAUUCUUAAUUAUGUUGAUUGCAGCUGAACCUAGCCAAACUGAAGCUCGACAUGCCAUUAGGCAAACCUGGGGAAAUGAAAGCAUUGCCCCUGGAUUACGUAUGGUACAUCUCUUUCUCCUAGGUUUUAGAAAGGCUGGUGGAAACUUUCAACAGACUUUACUGGAAGAAAGCAGACAGUAUCAUGAUAUUAUUCAACAAGACUUUCUGGAUACAUAUUAUAAUCUGACUAUUAAAACUCUGAUGGGAAUGAACUGGGUCGCAACAUACUGCCCGCAUGCCUGGUACGUUAUGAAGACUGACAGUGACAUGUUUGUGAACACAGAGUAUUUAAUAAACAAACUGUUAAAGCCUGUGCAUCCUCCACGUCAUAACUAUUUCACUGGAUAUCUGAUGCGUGGUUAUUCCCCAAACCGUAACAAGGAUAGCAAAUGGUACAUGCCUCCGGAGCUCUACCCAAGUGAGCGCUAUCCAGUUUUCUGUUCGGGCACCGGUUAUGUUUUCUCUGGGGACUUAGCAGAAAAGAUUUUUAAAGUCUCUUUGAGCAUCCGGCGUUUGCACUUAGAGGAUGUCUAUGUUGGAAUCUGUCUUGCCAAACUGAGAAUUGACCCAGUGCCACCACCCAAUGAGUUCCUCUUCAAUCACUGGCGAGUUUCUUAUUCCAGCUGUAAAUAUAGCCAUCUAAUUACCUCCCAUCAGUUUCAGCCCAGUGAAUUAAUCAAAUACUGGAACCACUUACAGCAAAACAAGCACAAUGCCUGUGCCAGCAUGGCAAAAGAGAAAGGCUACAGACAUGGCAAGUAUCGCAUAAAGAAAAUGCACUGAUGACAAUUCUGAAUUCAAGAUACCCAAUCUUAACUGUAUUGUAAAUGAAUUAUCCAAGCAUGUAUAAAGACUAUGUAUGAGGCCAAUGCAACAUUCCAACGCUAACAAAACCAUUAUCAGGGUUUGCAUUUUUUUAAUUCUUCAUUUAAAAGUCAACCUCUCAGAAAAAGUUGUGAGCAUACAGUGGGCAGUAAAUGUUGUGAAGUUUAUCUGCUUUUGGAGUUCUUAGUUGACUGAAUGUCUAUGUAUACCAAACUUGAAUUUAUUUUAGGCAAUGCAAAGCAAUGAACCUCAGUAAACUAUCCUUACUGUUUAGCUGUGGCAACAAUAGUUAAUCUUCAAAUAGAAUGUGGUUCCAAAUUUUGUUGAUAGCUGUACAAGGUAAUCUGUGUCAAUUUUGGUCAAUCUUGUUGAUAGGAGUUACUUAAGGAAGGUCAUUUGAGAACAGUAAAUUAGAAUGAAUUUAUAAAACUACAUCCUUUAGAACCAACAGUGAAAACUUCAAAGAUGCAGCACCUUUCAUUAAUUACAGGCAUGCAAAAUUAUUUGACAAAUUACAAUAUUUUAGAUACAAAGGUAGACCUCAAUCAAAAAAAAAGCACUCAGAGUAGUGCAUAUGAAAGUCUGACUUGUGAAUGGGACACCAACUCUUUCCUAACAUACAUAAAGGGACACAUUCAGGCCUGAAUGGAGAAACAAUAGCUUAGCUAUAAUGAUGUGACUUAUUCCUAAUCUAAAAAGUUAGUUCACCAACUUUUUUUGAGGGGAACUUUUGUUACUUUUCUGGAUUAUUGAUUUCAAUUGAAUGUUCCUCCACACAACCAUUCACAUUUAUGUUCAUAGAUUUUAUUUCUGACCAUUUUUUUGUGGUAUACUUUACUUACAGGUUGAAAUGGAAAAUUACUUUUAAAAAAACUUGUCUAUUUAUUGAAAAGUUUAAUUUCCCUCAGUUUCUUUUGUGCACUCCCCCUCCUCAGUUAGGCAGAGAUUUUGUGAAGAUGCCAAUAAAGCUUUAUUGCUGCAAUUGUUAAAUAAUUCAGCUGUAAUUUAAUAGACAACAGAAAGAGGGUACAAGUCAAAAAAAUCUAUUUUUCCUUCCAAUGUUCCUAGCUUACUGUCAGCCAUGGUACUCUUACUUUUUUGUAUUGAAAGUUUCAUUGUGCAAUAUUGCUUUCUGCUGUAAAUUUAUCAAUAUCAGAGUACUGCUCCAGAAAAGGAAAAGAUAAAUUUAAAGCUUGGAAACCCAUUAUUAAAUCGCUACUGAAAACUUGUGUUUGAUGAUAGUAUUAAAGUAAUUCUGGAAUGCAACUGAAAUGUUUUGUGUCAUAAACUGAAACGCAUCAUGCAUAUCUAUGGAUAUAUUUUUAUAGAUUCCUCAAACCUCACUUCGCAUAACUCAAACAUAAUUUGAUGGUGUGUGGUUUAUCUUAUUCAUUUCAUAUAUUCAACUCCUAGAAGCCUCUAUUAUUCAUUAAGUAGAAUUAGGUUAAAGAAGUUCUGUGGUAUAACAUAAAUAUCACCAAUUUGUUUGAGCGUUUUGGAAUAUUUAAAUGUUUAAUAUUUUGAAAAUGAGAUAUUAGCAAAAUCCUAAAUGUAAUGAAUUUUUGAAUAAAUCCAACACAUCAUUCUAA